UCAAAACAAAAACAAAAACAAAAUAAAAUAUACUUAAUUCAAUUCAAUUCCACAAAAAUCAUAUUUUUUUCUUCUUCUUCCUACCUCAGAUCGUGUACCUCUUCGUCUCCUUCAAUCACUACCUCCGAGACGGUCUUUUCGCUCUUUGAUUGAAUGUUGAAAUUUCAGAAUUAACAAUCAGAUUUUGAGUAGGAAACCGAAGACAUGCAUUCGAAAUCCGACGGUGGGAAUCAUCAGAUCGUUUCAGAGGCUGUUCAUCAUCAUCAGACAUCAUCCAUAAAUAGUUUAAACCCUUGGCAGCGGGCUGCUGCUGCCUGCAAUGCAAAUUCUUUUGUGGAAGAAGCUGAGGGAGAUAAGUCUAUAGCAUUUGAAUCAACAACUAAUGGGUCCAAGUCACCACCAUCUAACAGAGAUGAUAAUAGUAACAAGGAAUCACCACAAGUCACAAACUCCUCUCCCCAACAGUCAGCUGGAGAUUACAGUGAAAAAAGUCAACAACUUGUUGUUCAUCAUGGGAUUACACCACCUCCUCACCCCCAACUUGUUAGCCACACAGUUGGAUGGACAUCCUCAAAUCCAUACCAAGAUCCAUAUUAUGCUGGAAUGAUGGGAACUUAUCCCUUGGCUUAUGUUCCAUAUGGUGGGAUGACUCAUUCAAGAAUGCCACUGCCUCCUGAAGUGGCACAAGAACCAGUGUAUGUGAAUGCAAAACAGUACCAGGCGAUUCUUAGGCGAAGGCAGGCACGCGCCAAGGCAGAGCUUGAAAUGAAGCUAAUCAAAUCCAGAAAGCCUUAUCUCCAUGAAUCUCGGCAUCAGCAUGCUAUGAGGAGGCCUAGGGGCACUGGAGGACGGUUUGCAAAGAAAACUAACACCGAAGCUUCACAGCCAAAAGCUAGAGAGAAAAGCAAUGGUUCUCGUACUCAGUCCCCCACCUCAUCUCAUUCUGAUCAACCUGAAGCUUGGAAUGAUGAGUAUAGAACACAGUCUGAAGAGAUGCAAAGCUCAGCUUCUAAGAGAAGGGAAGAAGCAGAGGACUGUUCAGGGCAGCAAUGGAACAGCAUUUCCUCAAACCAUCCUUCUCAAGCUCGUCUAGCCAUCAAGUGACCUCUCCACUGGGCAAUUCAUUCUUGGCUUUCUCUUUGUUGGCUUAUUUGGUAGCAGCAGCCAUUGAAGAGUCCUCUGUACAAAUACUCGGUUUUUUUUUUCCUUUGGGGAUAUGUCAAACGUUGCUGCUUUCCUUUUGUCAACUCUCUCUCUUUAGUAAACGUUUAGGUUUAAUCCGAGACUUGAAUUUUUGAA